AUGUUGCCCAAGGACUUUCAGUGGGGGUUCGCCACGGCUGCCUACCAGAUCGAGGGCGCCGUCGACCAGGACGGCCGCGGCCCCAGCAUCUGGGACACGUUCUGCGCGCAGCCCGGCAAGAUCGCCGACGGCUCGUCGGGCGUGACGGCGUGCGACUCGUACAACCGCACGGCCGAGGACAUUGCGCUGCUCAAGUCGCUCGGGGCCAAGAGCUACCGCUUCUCCAUCUCGUGGUCGCGCAUCAUCCCCGAGGGCGGCCGCGGCGAUGCCGUCAACCAGGCGGGCAUCGACCACUACGUCAAGUUCGUCGACGACCUGCUCGACGCCGGCAUCACGCCCUUCAUCACCCUCUUCCACUGGGACCUGCCCGAGGGCCUGCAUCAGCGGUACGGGGGGCUGCUGAACCGCACCGAGUUCCCGCUCGACUUUGAAAACUACGCCCGCGUCAUGUUCAGGGCGCUGCCCAAGGUGCGCAACUGGAUCACCUUCAACGAGCCGCUGUGCUCGGCCAUCCCGGGCUACGGCUCCGGCACCUUCGCCCCCGGCCGGCAGAGCACCUCGGAGCCGUGGACCGUCGGCCACAACAUCCUCGUCGCCCACGGCCGCGCCGUCAAGGCGUACCGCGACGACUUCAAGCCCGCCAGCGGCGACGGCCAGAUCGGCAUCGUCCUCAACGGCGACUUCACCUACCCCUGGGACGCCGCCGACCCGGCCGACAAGGAGGCGGCCGAGCGGCGCCUCGAGUUCUUCACGGCCUGGUUCGCGGAUCCCAUCUACUUGGGCGACUACCCGGCGUCGAUGCGCAAGCAGCUGGGCGACCGGCUGCCGACCUUUACGCCCGAGGAGCGCGCCCUCGUCCACGGCUCCAACGACUUUUACGGCAUGAACCACUACACGUCCAACUACAUCCGCCACCGCAGCUCGCCCGCCUCCGCCGACGACACCGUCGGCAACGUCGACGUGCUCUUCACCAACAAGCAGGGCAACUGCAUCGGCCCCGAGACGCAGUCCCCCUGGCUGCGCCCCUGUGCCGCCGGCUUCCGCGACUUCCUGGUGUGGAUCAGCAAGAGGUACGGCUACCCGCCCAUCUACGUGACGGAGAACGGCACGAGCAUCAAGGGCGAGAGCGACUUGCCCAAGGAGAAGAUUCUCGAAGAUGACUUCAGGGUCAAGUACUAUAACGAGUACAUCCGUGCCAUGGUUACCGCCGUGGAGCUGGACGGGGUCAACGUCAAGGGGUACUUUGCCUGGUCGCUCAUGGACAACUUUGAGUGGGCGGACGGCUACGUGACGAGGUUUGGGGUUACGUAUGUGGAUUAUGAGAAUGGGCAGAAGCGGUUCCCCAAGAAGAGCGCAAAGAGCUUGAAGCCGCUGUUUGACGAGCUGAUUGCGGCGGCGUGAUGGAAAAAGUUUUUGAGUUGAUGAUACCUGCAAAGGGAUGCUGAAGAUGAUGAUGAUGUAUGAACACGAAAGGGAUAGUAUUAUAGCAAGCUAGGAUAACCUGAUGCUUCUUCAAAGGGGAAAUUGAUAUAUAAACAUGCAUAUAUAAUGAAUCAAACAGGACAAUGUCGGAGGAAAAACGAGGGUGAGAGAAUGGACAGACCGAUGGACGCAUCAAGAAUGGGGUAUGAUAGCUGCAUCUAUUUGGCUGUUUGCUAUUGAUUUUCAAGUCGUUUAUGACUGUGCUACCGGAGACGCUCCCUCAUUCCCGCGAUUCAUGCCAUGUGACGGCAUCGGAUUCUGCAUCAUCGGCCAGUUCCCGUUCCCAUUCGGCCAGUUCGGACCGGGCAUCUGCUGCUGUCCCGGGUUGAACAUGCCCCCCGGCUGGUUGCUCACCAUGUAAUGCCCCUGCUGGCCCUGUCCCUGCUGAAACUGCUGACUUUGUCCCUGCUGAAACUGCUGACUUUGUCCCUGCU